AUGGCCCGGCCGGAGCCAUGGAAAGAGCUGGCCCGCGACACACUGCCGCCUGAGAAAGGCAGUGAGUGCCGCAGGCACCUCCACCUGUGGAGAGACUUCGUGCGGCAUUUGCUGAGCAGCAGAGGCAUCAUCGGAGCCGUGGAUAGGGCCGUGGUCGGCGACACUUGCAAGGCAUGGGCCAGAUGCACUGAGCACGCUGACUUGCAGGGGGCCAAAGAUGCAAGAGGGAGGCAGGCUCGGCACCAUACCUUUUACAUCACUUUGACACAGAAGAUCAGCUUGGCAGAUGACCCAGAGUGGGAAGCUUCCGUCUAUGAGCGGGGCACAUGUGCUGGAGCUACUGCUCGUGUUGUGCGCGGGCAGACCGUGCGUCAGAGGCUGACUGCGCAGCGCAUCGCCCAUCUGACGCCUUCGCAAGGCUUGGCAGCCCUGCUCGCAGAUGGCACGGAUCGCAGAGAUUUGCCUGGAUUGCGGACGGUAGAAGCCGCCAGGCGGCGUCUCAAAGCCGUCCGCGCCAAAAGACGAGGGGAUGCCAAAGCGCAUUGUUCGCCCACCGUGCUUGGGCUGGUUGUGGAGGCUCGGAACUCCUCCAAUUCUGGGGUGCAUUUUCAAGCUCUGCAGACCGAGGGCGUUGCCGCGACCGUGUGCAUUUUGGAGGAAGAGGACGCAACCUACAAGAUGAACUGCUCCGGUUGGUGCCUGAGCACUAUAGCCUGCCCCGUGCUCCAUCUCACCGGUGGGCUUUGGAGGAGAGCACAGCUGGACAUCCAGGAAGCGAUCCUGGGCAUCUACGAGGAGCGCGGGCUGGACCUCCGAAGGCACGUGCAGGCUGCCUUCUACGACAACUCGCCCGCACAAAGAGCCGCCCAUCGCGCGCAGCUCCAGGGUGUCCCCUACCGCAGGGAUCUUCGGCAUCAGGUUGCAGCUUGCCGGCGCAGGAAAGGGCCUUUGUCGCGAGGAUUGAGUGCUUGGGCGCAGAAGUCGGCCUUCUACCCGCCGUUGGUUUUCGACCUUGCCGCGCACACCCUCCUGGACCGCCUGCGGGUGAAGGAAGAGUAUGACUGGAUGUCUUACUUGACUGACGUGGCCUUUUCCAAGCAGGGCCAGCUGUGGUCUGCUGAGUGGCAGUGCUGCAUAGCUGUCGCCCGGCCAGGGUUUACGCCUGCAAGCGUGGGCCAAUCCAAGGAGUCGCAGUGGGCCGCUUUGAAGCGGUGCACUGGCAACCUAGCCAACACGGAUCUGGCAACGGCUGCGCCGGAGGUGGAACUGGCUCUGUGCGCGCUGAUGCACGAGCGGAACACCCAGGCUGGCGGGGACUUG